AUGACGCUGAACACAUCUGAAUACUUGGCUCGCGCUCAAAUGUACGAAGAAGCUAUUCGUACGAACGACCAAAACGUGAGCCGCGGUGUAGGUGGAGCACCCCGCAGUCCAAGUAGGCCAGCAAAACGUCUUUUGGAAGAUUGUGGUAAUAGAGCUGUUGACUGGCUCACCAGGCCCGCACCGUCGCAUGAAUCAUUGGAAGAAAUACGGCGCUGGACCACACAGAUGCAUGAUGCUGUGACGAAAGGAAUACAAGUGCAACAUAAAACAGAUCUAAUAGUCUACAUGGAUCUUUGA